AUUGCUUCUCUUCACUCCAUUAACACAGCUACAUGGAUUCCAAAGAUUUGGCAGCUCUCCCUCCUUCGAGAAACCCUAACAUAAUACCGAAUCAUUCCGCGAAACGUAAAGACAGAGACUUCUUGAACCAUCUGGAAACUUACCUAGCGAAGCGAGAUGGCGUGGACAAACUCCUCAAGAUCUCCAGGUACGCCACCAAGAUCAUCUUGGCCUCUUCGGCUCUCCCGGAAAAUUUACCCCUAACUCAGCGGCUCAAGAGUUUUGAGUCCAGUGUUGGAGUGAGUCGCAAAGCAUUUCGACUCGGCAAGUUUGUUCAGGACAUCAACUCGCUAAGAAGCUCCAGCUUUGAUUCCAAACAGGAUAUAAUCCUGUCGGUAAUCGCUUAUGGAGGGGAGGGGUUGUAUUACUUUGCCGAGCAGUUCAUUUGGCUAGCAAAAUCUGGUUUGAUCGAUGGCAAACAUUCACGUAAUAUGGCGAAAAUCAGUGCUUGGGCUGAGUUUAUCGGGUACCUAGGUAGUAUCACGUUGAAAUUUAGGGAUUUGAAGGGUAUGACAGAGGAUGAGGCAUGUUUGGAAUCGAGCAUUGAGAUUGCGGAGAUGAGGGGGAUUGAUUGCGAAGAAGAACGGGUGAAGUUGAGAAAGGUGAGAGACAAGAAGUUGAUGAAGAAGCUCUCGAUUGUACAAGAUUUCGCUGAUGGUUUAAUGGCGUUGGCUGAUAUUAGGGAUGGGAAGGGGCGGCUGUCAGCACCGCUUUUGUUGUCAUCUGCGGGGCUUUUGUCAGCGGUUAUCAGCACUCACAAGAAUUGGGUAUCUUGCUGAGCUUUGCGGUUCAUUUUACAGGAGAAUUUGUUUAUGGUAGAAGCAUUGCAGAUAUGACUGGGACAUUUUUAUCUAAAACAAGCCUGCACCUCUAUUUUUAAAUGAACUGUAAGUUUCUAUCCAGAAGAAGUGCAAUUGAUUGGACUUUCCAUGAUAUGUACAAA